AGCUUUUCCUGUCUCAUCUGUUGCAAAGCUGCAGGAGAGGUGGCAGUCCAUGCGUCCUGCCAGCCGAAACAGAAGAAACUUUGCGUUAACUUACACAGUAUCAGCAGGGAAUGCAUUGAGAGAAGGAAAUGCGUCUACCGCGCUGUUACUGGGAGAAUCUACGGAUUACACAGCCUGCAGUUUAAAGCCGCUUUCUCAUGCGUAAAAACAUCUUAUUACUGGACUAUGACCGAAAUUUCCCGUCUGCGGAACCAGCGCGUUUUAUGAGAAGUUGGUCUUUUUUAGUGCCAGAUUAAGAUAACUGAAAGUUUUUACUUAAAAAAAGUUUUACUUUUAAUGCGAUUGUUGAGGGCUGCAGACUGAAAAAAAAGUUCUGUGAGAGAUUUCUGAGACGCACCAAUCUGUCCUGCUCGAAGUGAAGGAGGAUUUUGGAGACUGAAGACAUGAGACCGUUUGUCAUCUGCGCGCUUCUGCUGUUAAAAGUUACUUUUGGAGAUGCCUGUGCCAGUGGCCAGUUCACUGAAUCAGGGCAGUGUUGCACUCUGUGUCCUGCUGGCUUCGGGGUAGAGGUAAAGUGUGGGAAAGAGGAUACCAAGUGCACACCAUGCCCCCAGGGAACAUUUUCCUCAUCUGAAGGCCUCAGCCCUUGCCUUCCCUGUGCCAAGUGCCCACCGAGUGUACCCAUGGUGGCCUCUUGCUCUGCCACUCAAGACACACAAUGUGAAUGUGACAACGGUUUCUUCUUUUUGAGCACCCACGGCCUGUGUGCGCCUUGCUCCAAGUGCACUCGCGGUGAGGGUGUUAUACGGGAGUGUGGCCCACAGGGAAACACGCAGUGCCAGAUCUGUGGACCAGGAACAUUUUCUGAGGAGCGUGUUAGCACCAAACCCUGCCAGUCCUGCACCCAGUGCUCUAACAGUGAGGUGGAGAUCCGAGCCUGCAUGCCCAACUCUGACACACUCUGCAUGGAUAAGAAGCUGCACAUUCUGUCUCGCCCUGCUCUGGAUGGGCCUGAUGGGACCCGUGAUUCUCCUCGCUGGCCAGAUGAAGGGGAGGCCAGUCCAUCCCCUGGAACGCCCAAGUUUACCCCCCAGGAUGAGGGUGGCAGCAACAACAUUCUGGCCUACGUGUCUGUUCUGGCUGCUGUGGUGCUGGGUCUGCUUCUUUAUGUGGCUUAUAAAUGCUGGAGAUCAUGUAAACAGAAGAGGGCUCUCUCUAAGGCCCGUGCGGCUGAGUUGGGAACAUCUCCAGAGGGAGAAAAGCUCCAAAGUGACAGCGGUGUUUUUCUGGACUCUCACAGCCUACAGGACAACCAGCCCAGCAAAGGUGUGGUAGACGGUACUAAGAGGGACAGCAAGCAGGACAAUCGUCUGUACAUCAACCUACCCCCCCACAGACAGGAAGAGGUGGAGUGUCUCCUGCAGGAGGGAGGGGGCCAGGGAUGGAGGCAGGUGGGCGCAGCGCUGGGCUAUGAGCCUGAACAGCUGGACCUGUUUGGGCGGGGAGAGGCCCCCGCUCACACGCUCCUCUCUAACUGGGCCCAGAAAGAAGGCUCCACUCUGGGACUGCUGUGUUCUGCACUGGCCCGCAUCGAGAGGCCUGACGUGGUCACAGUUCUUAACUGCCCCGCGCAGGGUGUUUCUGUGGUCUGACAGCUCCUCAAACACACGUAUGACACUAACAGACUCAAGUGAAGAGCUUCCAUUGAAAUGACAAGGGAGGCACUCUGAUAUCAACACCUCUGUCACUGUUGGAGGCUGCCACUGAUGGUUCUGAUUGCUUUGUUGGACACUUAUAAUUCAGUUUUUACCAAGAGAGCUAAUUAUUCUUGUAACACUUUCCUCUACCCCAAUUUAUGUCACCAUUUGAUUUACCAUGGAUCCAACUGCAUGAAAGAAUCUCCUCUCCUCUGUUAUAACUACAGAGCAAAUCAGUUACCAGGGGAAAUGAACAGACUGAAUACACAGUAUGUCGCAACCUCUCACUGCCACUACUGAGGGAACAACAUUUUUCAAUUCCGGUUAAGCCUCAAUACCUUGCUCAAUGGACACUGCAGAAACCUGGUCAGACUGGAUUUGACCUACAAUGACCUCCACAUACAUUUACAAUGUAGUUUACAUGCACACAAAUCCUAGUUACUGUGAGUAUUCGGUUACUGGCAGGAAACAGAAUAAUGUGUUUACACAUGUUCAAUGAGUUUGAUUAUUCUAAAACCACUGUACGUGUUAUUUGGACAGUAAUCAGAUUGAUCUCCUGCCCCCCUCUAAAAAAUAUCAGCCUUCCAUUUGCUAUUGUAAACAAAUAUGGACGGCUUAGAUAAUCAAGUUUCUAAUGUGGCUAGCCUUGUUAUAUGAAUCACAACUUCAGCAAUCACUUUGGUAUUGCAGUUCAUUUUUGCCAAAAGGAGACGUUUUUUUUACAACAACACUGCUUUCCACCAUGAUGUGUCUUUCCCUAUUUGGGAUCAUUUCCAUGCACAUGUGCACGCCUAAAAAGAGAAGAAAAAUCCAAGACACCCAAUUAAAGGUUUACAUGGCCAAGUGAUCAGAUUUCUCCAGUAGCAAUGAGGAGGGUUGAAUCUUCUUAACCAUCCCGAUGAUGCUUGCAGUUGCUAUUUCCUUUAUAAGAACACUUAAACUAAUGUGUAGAUGGGAACUACUCACUAGAUUGUUUUAAAGAUUUGUUUCCUUGUUCUGUUUUUUUUUUCUUCUUUUUAUGCUGCAGUCACUAAGUAGCCUUGUUAUUUGUUUACACUGAGGAUAUAUUAUGCACCAGCGAUGUUUCAGAUCUCAUCAGAAGACACGGAAAUGAAGCAUUCUGUGAAAUAUAAAAACACCUUUCUUAGCUCUUCCUAAUAAUCAUCUAUGAUUAUAAAUAUCUUUAAUAUUGCUUUGUUUGAAUAAGUCAUGGCUUAAAGUGUGAUAAUUUAUGAACUGUGAAGCCUGAAGAAAAGGAAUAGAAAUUAAUCUAUUCUCCUUACAUUCAUAAUACACAGCUCCAUUUUUGUCACCUUGAUUUCUUAUAUUAGACACAGAAAAAAAAUCCAAAGACACUGUUAACACCAAUGCUCGUGUCCAAGUUGACAUCUUGCUUUUGUAUUUAUUUCAUCACCAUUUAAAGUCUAAAACUAAAUAAAAUCUAUGAGAACCAUGGUCAACUGUGGUGUGCUAGUUACACUAUGUGAUGUCCUCAGAUGGUUUGAUAUUUUUUUAAUGCUAGCCAUGUAUGGUUUUGUGUAUAUAUUUCCUAAUGGAAUGCCUCAAUGUGUUUUUGUAAGAGUUUUAUUCAUUUAAUAAAUAACUUUGAUAAGUCA